AUGGACUAUAACUCUGUGGAUGAAUACAAUUCAGUAUUGUUUAAGAUAGUCUCAAUGAUGAGACUUUGUGGUGAGGAAGUAACCGAGAAAGAGUUGCUUGAUAAAACAUUCUCCACGUUCCAUUCGACGAACGUGUGGCUGCAACAACAAUAUAGAGAGAGAGGCUUCGCCUUAUACACUGAUCUGAUCUCGUGCCUACUCCUGGCCGAGGCUAAUAAUGAACUCCUGAUGAAAAACAGUGAGAUGAGACCUAUCGGAACAGCAGCAAUACCAGAAGCCAAUGAGGCUGAAAAGAAAGAUCCCAAAGAGUGCAACCAUGUCCAUGAUGAUAAGAGAUCACGCGGCAAAGGCCGUAGUAGAUACAAAGGACGUGGCCGUGACAACUACUCAUAUGGCCGGCAAGGAAACCACAAUAACUGUGGUCGUGGUUCCAGCUAUGGCCGUGGCCGAGGCAGUUAUGGCCGUGGCCGAGGCAGUUAUGGCCGUGGCCAAGGCAGUUAUGGCCGUGGCCGAGGCAGUUAUGGCCGUGGUCGAGGCGGCAUAUCUAAACCGUCUAACUCGACCAAAUCAGCUUGUCACAGAUGCGGGAUGAGUAACCAUUGGGCCAAGAAUUGUAGAACCCCUAAACAUCUAUGUGAGCUCUAUCAAGAGAGCCUUAAGAACAAGAACCCGGAAGCCCAUAUGGUUCAUGAUACCGGGUAUGAUGCUGAUGAUGAUUCCGACCUUGAAAAGGACGACCUCUUGGAUUUUGAGACAUCUGAUUGUCUCAAAGACUAA